AUGAGGUGGGAACUAUCGUUUGAAGAUGAAUCGGAUCAUAUUCCAAGUGAGACAUCUGAUGUUGAAGAGAGCAAUGAAGAGGUGACCACCAAUGAUGAAAAUGAAGAUGUCAGCAAAGUGCCCAAGAAGAGGCUUAGGGCGCUAAUUGGUUCAUAUGAAGAAACUGAAAAUACCUCUCAGGAGACCGAAACAGCUGCAGAUGGUACUGUGUGGACAAAAUUUGAUGAAGACGGUAUUCUCGGAACGCUGUCAUCUUCGUGUAUUUUCAAGGGUGUGCCAGGACCAACUGCCUACACAAAACGGAACGUUAUG